GAACCUGGAAAAGUGUUACAUAGCGAAUCCAUUAACGAACACUCGACAACUAUGUCGUGGUAUUCGGUGAACGUAUCGUGAUAGUAACUAAUAUUGGUGAAAGACGAUUUUUUCGUAGAAAUUACGCUAUCAAAAAGAAAAAAAAGGAAGAAAAAAAAAAGAGAGGGAAAAGAAGAAACGAAGAAAUUCGUUUUCAUACGAUUACUCUGUAUAGUAAAGAAAUCGUGGAUUGUUUACGAACAAGUUCUCCGUAUGUUUCCAUAUGAUCGAUCACCGAUCAUCUCGUGAAUUAGGUCGGUCCUUAAACUGGAAGAAAUCUAAACGUGUGCGAGGCUCGAAAGUGAUUAAAAAAAAUUUUUUCAUCGUGCCCGUGGGUGUAUCGUUCGACUGCGUACGAGGAAAUUUUAUAUGCCGUGGGCAACGUCGACGUAUAUGAUGAAAUUACAGUUGCUCGUAAUCGAAACGGAUUACUGCUGGAGGAAAGCCUUGCUCAGGAUGGUAUUGGACCCCAAGGUCACGAGUCUACAUAGCGAUUACGGAAGUUUCGAUCGACCAUUGGGAGGUGGGGAGGGUCACGAGAGGGACGUGGAGGCGGCGGUUGAUGGGAGUAGCAGCGGAAUGGCACAAUCGAGUGAUAUUUAUCAAAGGCAACCUCUCUUACCUGGUGCACCAACUAAGAGUAAGGAUAAGUGGUCCGGGGUGGCUUCCGGUUCGGAUUAUUACGAGGACGACGAGGAGGAGAAAAUCGACGGUCUUGGACGUCAUCCAGGAAUAACGAAUGGACCAGGAAGCGGCGUCAUUAAAAUCGACAUACCGGCGCCGCUUCGCGAGGAACCACGAUUUCCCAAAGAAAAAUGGAAAACUUUUAUUGCUUUCCUGUUCAUGGUCGUGAACUUCAUACUGACCACGGCCUCACUUGCGAUGGUGCACGAACGUGUUCCAGAUCGUAAUAUCUAUGGCCCGUUACCAGACAUUGUACUGGAUAAUAUUACUGCCCAAGAUUGGACUCUCAAUGUUUCGGAAGUUCUCAUUAUGAUAAUGUCCAACUCGGCAAUGGUUUUCAUUAUUUUUCACAAACACAGAUUUAUCGUCAUCAGACGGAUAUUCCUUUUAAUGGGUCUGCUGUACAUGAUGAGGAGUAUCACGAUGUAUGUGACCGUUUUGCCGGUCGCAAGUAAAACAUAUUUCUGUAGUCCAAAGGCAAACAACACAAGUCCUCUUCUGGUUACGAAAAGAGUACUGCAACUUAUCUCUGGUUUCGGUUUGUCGAUUAAUGGCAAACACACUUAUUGUGGAGAUUACAUUUACAGCGGUCACACGGUUGUACUUGUACUUAGUUACCUGAUUAUUAAGGAGUAUUCCCCUAGAAGAUGUCAACCGAUUCAUUGGUUGGGAGGUCUUACGGUCUUUGUUGGUAUAAUAAUGGUAUUGGUAGCUCAUGGACAUUACACGGUUGAUGUCCUUAUAGCAUAUUAUUUAACUACACGUUUAUGGUACAUAUACCAUACAUUAGCAAAUAAUCCUUAUUUGAAGCAAAACGGACCAAAUAAUUUUCUGGCCCGGCUCUGGUGGUAUCCUAUUUUCAAAUAUUUUGAGAAAAAUGUGGGUGGUACAGUGCCACGACAAUACAAUUGGCCUUUACCUUGGCCUCGAAGAUUUCUUGCCAAGCAUCCUAACCGAGACAGUUAAUAUCUGCCCAGGCUCCAAGUUAGAGACUGAUAAGUAACGAAAUCCUUCCUGAUUCUAUAUGUAUAUGUGUAUACAUAUGUGCGUGUGCAUGCGUAUGUGUGCGUGUGUGUGUGUAUACAUAUAUAUACACACAUAUGCACACAAUUAUACAUAUACAUAUACAUAUAUGUUUGCACCUAAGCUUAUUCUUAUGAAAAUAACGCUUGGGUGAAAGGGAAGUGUCCAUGAUAUGCGAAUUUUUUAGAAUUACGCCCUUGUAUUGUGCAUUUUAAAGGGUUGCACAAAAGUUUGCAUCAACGUUCAAUUUGUUAUACCGCGUGUGCGGGCCAAAACUAUCGGGCGUAUAUAACUUGCAGUUUACUCAAUCGCGUCGCAAUUCACGCUUUACCUGAUUUUCAUGAAGAACUAGUGUAUAUCCUAUGUAAAGAAGAAUUAUAAUAGCUUAUCUAUAUGAUGCUUUGCGCGAAGUUUUAGAAAUAAUUAGUACGAUUGGGAGGGAGGGGUUCCAUGGGGGGGUGGGAGGGGCAACAGAAGAUAUCUCGUUGAUAAUAUAAUUGAACAGAUCUGAACGCACACACCGAUAUUUAUAUAUACAUAUAUAUGUUUUAUUUGAAACACACACACACACACACACACACACACACACACACACACGAGAACGAAGUAUAUUUUGAUUUAUGUAAAAUUAAAACUCGAUUUUUCCAACUAGAAUUUUUUCGGUUAUCUCUUCCUUUUUUUCUUUCUUUUUUUUUUCUAAAUCCUUUUCUUCGUUUUUUCUAACAAUACAAAACCUUCCUCCAAUCGAAUUAUUCUCUUAUUAUAUCUCUUGAUCAUUAUACUUCCAAUAUGCAACCUGCCGUACGACUUAUUCCGGCGAAAAACGAUCCAGCAAUGAAUAUAUCGAUAUAUAUAUAUAUAUAUAUAUAUAUAUAUAUAUAUGUAUAUAUGUAUGUAUGUAUGUAUGUAUGUAUGUAUGUAUGUAUGUAUGUAUGUAUGUAUGUAUGUAUGUAUGUUACACACGCACACAUACAACUAAAUCCUUUCAAAUUUAUUUAACGAAUAUUCCUCGAAAUUGUUUUUUCACGGACAGCCUUGAAAGGAGAUAGAUAUAACAAAAGAAAAAAAUAAGAAAAGAAAAACAAAUAAAAUAAAAGAAAAAUAGACAGAAAGAGAGAAAGAAAAGAUAGCUCCCUACCCUGUAGUAGAGGCGAUCGUGCAAUUUCGUGGGACCAAAGAAGAAUGUUUUAAAGAGUAAUGUGUUAGUUCCGUACUAUAUCGAAAGAUAAUACAAAGUAUAUAUACUUUAUUAAGUAAUAGAAAAAAAAAAAUAAAUAAAUCAAUCAAUCAAUCAAUGAAUAUUUAAUGUUAUACGUAUGAUAUACAAUAAUAAAAAAAAAAAAUAUUCAAUAUCUUUUUCAAUUAGUACAAUUCGAACAAACUAUUGCCAAAUCAUUUUCUAUGUUUGUCAGUUUAGACCAACGUAAAAAUUCGUUCAUUUUAAUUUGGUUUCUUCCUUUUUUUUUUUUUUUUUUUUUGAUUUUCCUUUACGGCCGUCUCUAAUCUUAACUUCUCUCAAGACUGGUAUAAAAAAAGAAAAGAUUAUUCGUUAGAAUAGGAUAUAAAUAUAAUACUUA